GCUUGGAGAAGCCUUUUGAAGCUCUUUGAAAAUGCAAGAACAGUAGAAUUCCAGUCAUUUCCCUAUACAAACCUUAAGCAAGUCCAGACAACAGCCACAUACUUUCGAGAGAGUCAUCACCGGAUAAAGAAACACGCAAUUUGCAAGGGGGCAAGCCUUGUGCUUCGUAAAGCGUCAAAGGAGAGUCGACAGUGUACAGAAAGAGCUGCCACCUCUUUCUUGUCAUCUUGCAAAGCUUGCCUUGACUUUGCACAGAUCGUUCAAAGUAGUGGUUCCUUUGUCCUUGCACCAAAAGAUGGACUUGAGUGAAAACUGGGACUUGGAUGAUGCCAACUGGCUGACCCACAGUGGAAUUCUUCAUUUUCUCAAUGCUUUAAGAGACACCAAGGCUUCCAAAGGUGAUCCAGUGAUCUUUGGUGCCCAUCAGAUAGGCCUCCCAUCCAUUUGCUACACUUCCAGUACUCCUGCCCAGAUACUGGAAGAAACUGGCUGUUUUUACACAGAUCCUCAGCUGUUUGGUAGCAGGCGGGAUGGUUCACCGUUAAUGAUAGACUUUGUCAGCGAUACUGAAACUGAAGACCCCCCUUGCAACUUCCACCCCCCGAGCUUCCUCCAGGUUUCAGAGGUGGAAAUGAGAGGUUCGGAGGACGUUGCCCCUGGCACUGUGUUACAGCGGUUGAUCCAGGAGCUGCGCUAUGGCAACCCGAGCGAGAACAUGAACCUGCUGGCCAUCCAGCACCAGGCCACAGGGAGCGCGGGACCAUCCAACCCCACUGCCAGCACGCUGCUUUCUUCUUCCACGGAAAACCUGGUGCCCGAAGACCCACAAAUGGUCCAGCAGUCGGCCCGGCAGGAACCACAGGGCCAGGAGCAUCAAGGGGACAGCACUGCGAUGGAGAAGCAGCCCAGGGGUGCCCAGCCUCAGCAGAACAAUGAAGAACUGCCAACUUACGAAGAGGCCAAAGCCCAGUCUCAGUUUUUCAGGGGCCAGCAGCCCAGCAGCGCUGCUGGGGCAGGUUUUUACAUGGCUGGAACCUCCUGCCCGAAAUCCAGAACGGAAGGGAGGCCGACGUUGGCCCGGGCCAACAGUGGGCAGGCGCACAAAGACGAGGCGCUCAAGGAACUGAAGCAAGGCCACGUGCGAUACCUUAGCGAGAGGAUCAUGCAGUUGUCGCUGGAGAGGAACGGCACGAAACAGCAUCCGCCCGCCUUGGGGAGAAGCAAAGGGUUCAAAGCGGGAGGGCCGUCCCCUCCUCAGUCCACCAGCAAAGGUGUGGAUCCAAGGGGGCCGCCGCCAGACUACCCGUACAAAAGCAAGCAGGUGGUCUCUCCGGUGAGCAAAGCUCAGGAGCACGGGAUGUUUUUUAACGACCAGCAUUCUGGAGUCAUCCAGGAAGUGGUGAUGCCCUCCUAUUCAGCGUCCCAGGCAGCGAGGAGCGAAGUAGCUGUUGUCCGUUAUCAGCCUCCCCCAGAGUAUAGCCUGACUAGCCGUCAGUGCCAGUCAUCUUUCCCAUCCCUGCAACAGCAGCACAGCCCGAUGUCCUCACAGGCCUCCUCUCUUACUGGCCCACUGCACUCUGCCUCUUUGCCGCCCCUCUCGAUGGCCAUGGCGUCUCAGUCCCUGCCUGCAACUCCGCCGAGCCAGCAGCAGGAGCAGCCGCUCCCACCAGAUGCCUUCACUAUAGUCCAGCGAGCCCAGCAGAUGGUGGAGAUGCUCUCCGACGACAACGAGGCCCUGCAGAAGGAGCUGGAGGGCUACUAUGAGAAAGCAGAUAAACUCCAGAAGUUUGAAAUAGAAAUUCAGAGGAUUUCAGAAGCCUAUGAGGACUUGGUGAAGACCACCACCAAGAGGGAAUCGCUGGACAAGGCAAUGCGUAACAAGCUGGAAAGUGAAAUCAGGCGUCUCCAUGAUUUCAACAGGGCCUUACGUGAGCGAUUGGAGGCUGCCAACAGGCAGCUAGCCAGCAGAGAGUUUGAUGGGAACGAAGAUAAGGCAACAGAGGGUCUUUAUGCCUCUCAGAACAAAGAGCAUUUGAAAGAGAAAGAGAAGCUGGAAAUGGACUUGGCAGCCCUGCGCUUGACCAGCGAGGAGCAGCGAAGGCACAUCGAAAUCCUGGACCAGGCGCUCAACGGCGCACAAGCCAAAGUCGUCAAGCUAGAAGAGGAGCUGUGCAAGAAGCAAGCUCACGUCGAGAAAGUGGAGAAGCUUCAGCAGGCCUUGACCCAGCUGCAGGCGGCCUACGAGAAACGGGAGCAGAUGGAGCGCCGCCUGCGCACCAGGCUGGAGAGAGAGCUGGAAUCCCUGAGGAUGCAGCAGCGGCAAGGGAGCUACCAGUCAGCCCCGCUGCCAGAGUACAACGUCCCUGCGUUAAUGGAACUGGUGCGUGAGAAGGAGGAGAGGAUUCUGGCUCUGGAAGCCGACAUGACCAAGUGGGAGCAGAAGUACCUCGAAGAGAGCGCCAUCCGGCAUUUCGCCAUGAACGCCGCUGCGGCAACUUCCACGGAAAAGGACUCCUCAGCAAUUAAUCACUCACGGAACGGGAGCUACAGUGAAAGCUCCCUGGAGGUCCGCAUGUGGCAGGAGGAAGAAGAGAUUUUGCAAGCCAACCGACGGUGUCAGGACAUGGAAUACACGAUAAAGAACCUGCAUGCAAAAAUCAUAGAGAAAGAUGCCAUGAUCAAAGUGCUUCAGCAGCGGUCCAGGAAGGACCUUGGCAAAACUGAUGCUUCAAGCCUGCGACCUGCUCGGUCGGUCCCGUCCAUUGCUGCAGCCACUGGAACUCAUUCUCGCCAGACGUCCCUCACCAGCAACCAGGUGGCCGAGGAGAAGAAAGAAGACAAGACUUGGAAAGGGAGCAUAGGAUUGCUCUUAGGGAAGGAGACCCAGGACCAGUCGCCCAUCCCUUUGUUGCCACCUCCACCUCCUGCCACACUGUCUUCUGGAAUGUCCUCAUGGCCGGUGACUGUCUGCCACACUAAGACGGGGAGCAAAGACAGCAGCACUCAGACGGACAAAGCCUCUGAACUUUUCUGGCCAAACUCUGCCUCUUUUCCGGGCAGAGGGAAGUUGACUAACACCCCAGGGGGCAGCCCAGCCCUCAGGCACACUGCAGGCAGAGGCGUUGGAGAGAGGCCGGAGAACUCUCCCAGCCAUGGCAAGCUACCGGACAGCAGCAAAGGCGGCAGGGUCAGCAGCCUGCUUCACAAACCUGAAUUCCCAGAUCCAGACAUGAUGGAAGUCCUUAUCUGAAGCUACACUUCUCAGGUGCUGCCGUUUCCCCUGCUAGUGCACAUAGCCCCCUGAAGGAGGGCGCUGCCGUCGUUGGCACUGUUGCUGCUGCUGCCGUGCAAAACUCGAGAGCUCUGGAGAAUUUUACAAAACCGGACCAAAGAAGUUUAGAUCUAGACGGCAAACGAGACUUUUAAGCAAAGCACAGAGCAUGUGAGACAUUGGAGAUGGGACAUUUGGGAUACCUGCUACGUACAAUCAUUAAAAAAUUACAUUGGCCAACGAGAUGUGGAUUUGAAAGAGCGACGGCAAAAGGAAGACAUGAGCAUCUGCAUUUUCUGUCGGGGGCGGGGGAAGGAACUUUGGAAGGCACGGUCAGCAUGCCAAGGACAAUUCUGCAACCACCAAGUUAGUGGUGGUUGCUUUUUUUAAUCACCUGCUAGCUAACCAGAGCAGCCACAUUCCCUCUGUGAAAUGUUUUGUGCAACGUGCACCCCUGGGAUGAGGGAGCAGGACUUCCCUAUAUUUAGACAUCAUCCCACUGCCUUCUUCCUGCUGUUUUUGUUUUCAUAUCCUUCCUACCCACCUUUAUAGAGAGAGAGAGACAUGGUUAAAAACAGGGUGCGGAACAACGUGCCCUUCUGAUAAAUUUUCGCAACUCUU